AGCAUGGCUGGUGAUGAUUGGACGACUGGUAACAGGGGGCGGAGGGCGCCGAAGUCUGGUUUUGGGCGCGAAUUGAAACCGCCGCUGAAGCCAACAAGAAUUUGAGAACUGUAAAUAUCAAGCCUUGAAAGGGACCAUGGUGCGACCCGUGAGACAUAAGAAACCAGUCAAUUACUCACAGUUUGACCACUCUGACAGUGAUGAUGAUUUUGUUUCUGCAACUGUACCUUUAAACAAGAAAUCCAGAACAACACCAAGGGAGUUAAAACAAGAUCAACCAAAACCUAACUUGAGCAAUCUCCAGAAAGAAGAAAUCCCAGUACAAGAGAAAACCCCUAAAAAAAGACUCCCUGAAGGUACUUUUAGUAUUCCAGCUAGUGCAGUGCCUUGUACAAAGAUGGCUUUAGAUGACAAACUCUACCAGAGAGACUUAGAAGUUGCACUAGCUUUGUCAGUGAAGGAACUUCCAACAGUCACCACUAAUGUGCAGAAGUCUCAAGAUAAAAGCAUUGAAAAACAUGGCAGUAGUAAAAUAGAAACAAUGAAUAAGUCUCCUCAUAUCUCUAAUUGCAGUGUAGCCAGUGAUUAUUUAGAUUUGGAUAAGAUUACUGUGGAAGAUGAUAGUGGUGAUGUUCAAAGGAAAAGAAAAGCAGCAUCUAAAGCUGCAGUACAGCAGAGGAAGAUUCUUCUGGAAGGCAGUGAUGGUGAUAGUGCUAAUGACAUUGAACCAGACUUUGCACCUGGUGAAGAUUCUGAGGAUGAUUCUGAUUUUUGUGAGAGUGAGGAUAAUGACGAAGACUUCUCUAUGAGAAAAAGUAAAGUUAAAGAAAUUAAAAAGAAAGAAGUGAAGGUAAAAUCCCCAGUAGAAAAGAAAGAGAAGAAAUCUAAAUCCAAAUGUAGUGCUUUGGUGACUUCGAUGGACUCUGCUCCAGCUGCUGUCAAAUCGGAAUCUCAGUCCUCGCCAAAAAAGGUUUCUCUUUCUUCAGACGCCACUAGGAAACCAUUACAAAUACGCAGUCCUUCAGCUGAAAGCAAGAGACCUAAAUGGGUCCCACCAGCGGCAUCUGGAGGUAGCAGAAAUGGCAGCAGCCCACUGGCGGUAGUGUCUGUGAAGUCUCCAAAUCAGAGUCUCCGCCUUGGCUUGUCCAGAUUAGCACGAGUUAAACCUUUGCAUCCAAAUGCCACUAGCAGCUGAGUGUGGUACCAGAGGAAUGUUUGGUUGAGAGAAUCACAGCUUUCCAAGGGUGUUUAUAUUUGAUUUGUGUUUAUAGUUGAGGCAGGUAUUGUAAUAUAAAGGAAUCCAUUACCAUGUCCUAUAAAUGCUCUAGCAUUUUAUGAUUAUGUUCUCUGUAAAACUCUUCAAGACUUCAAUGAGAAGUUUGUUUAUAAGAGUUCUCUUCUCAUGCCUUUCCUUGUGAAGAGCGUAUUCUGUUUUUCUAUCAGUUCGACAUAGAGGAAGUCCACAUCCCAUGCUGUUCUUUUCUAGUUACAUGAUGUGCCUUUCUCGCUUUGUCUGGUUUAUAGCACCUUGACUUUAACUGUUCAGUUUCGUCUGGCAGAGGGAAACAUUCUCAUUUCUCUCAGAAGACAUUUCUGAAGUCUUAUAAGCUGCUUAAGCUACAUUAUCAGUUUUAUUGCAAAGAUGUUUUGUAUUUUAGCCAAAUCUUUUUAUAGUACAAACUCAGAAUUAUUUUACACACUAAAAUGGUUGCAGUUUUAUGGCAUGUAUCUCCUGGUUAGAUGGUUAUUCUCUAGAAAAUAGAAUUUAAAGACAUUUUAUGAAAUCUUAAUUGUCAAAACCUUUAAUGGAAAUAUUUUGAAAUGCUCUUUUUCUUGAUACCACUCAUCCACCUGUUCCUGAUCGUCCACAUUUCAUGAUAAAAUGAGAGGUCUGCAGAGAAUAUUAGCCUUUUUGUUGUAAAUAUAAUAUUCAAGUAGUCACUUUUUGUUAAGUUCUUUAGAAAGUAGUUGUCAAGUACUUAGUCAUCCCUGUUAUGAUAUUAGAUAAUACUGCUUUUCAGGAAGCUUAGAUCUGAAUUUACUUUGAAAAACAAUUGUAAUGAAUAGUUUAUAUUUACAUUGAGAAUUUCAACUAGCUUCUGAUCAAUUUUUAAUAAAAAAUUUUCAAAUCAUGUUAACUGUUAAAAAAUGUAUAAUACUUAACUCAGUUUUCCUUGGUUUAUAAUAUCUGUGUUAAUGUGAAAAUAAUUAAUUUAGAAUUGUGAUUAAAGUGAGCAUUUGUCUA